AUGUCGUCAGCAAUAGCAGAGCUACACGCAACCGCCCUCACAGCGCGCUGCCACAACGCUUUCUUCCGGCAGAAACAGCUCAAGGCACUGCACGACGCAUUGCGGCGCGACAGCAGCACCAUCCGAGACGCUAUACGAUCAGACACCCGCGUGUCAGAGCAGGAAGCAACAGUCGAGAUCGCGCUGUCUUUGGACCUCGUGAGGGCGCACUACGCGGUGAUAGAUCCAGCGAGAGAGCUGGAGGACGAGUACCGAGUCUCAAACGGCAGGGAUGCGCAGAAUCAGACGCAGCCAUGGGGCGUUGUUUACAUCGAGUCGCAGCGUCACACGCCGUUGUUCUCGAUUGUCGCGGCGCUGAGUGCGGCGAUGGCUGCUGGGAACUGCGUUGCGCUGAAGCUCGACAACAAUCUCCGCGCCCUUCCUUCGCUGCUCCGAACCCUCCUCGCGCAGGCCCUCGAAUCGGAUACUUUCGCCCUCGUCUUAUCGGCGCCGUCACAAGACGCCCUGGCGACUUGCUUCCAAGUACUCCAAGAGACCCACGUCCAGCAUCCCACGUCCACACAGCUCGCCUCGCCACAAAGCAAGGUCAUUGCCAUCGUCGAUCGCACGGCUGAUAUUGUCGCUGCAGCCGAGCAUCUGGUCACCGCGCGCUUUGCAUUUGGCGGAAGCUCGCCGUACGCGCCUGACCUCGUCUUCGUCAAUGAGUAUGUGAAGAAGGAGUUCUUGGAGCACGCCCUGAGGUUCGCGAUUCCGUAUCUCGCCUCAGACGACAUCGUAUCAAACGGCUCGCCGAAAUCACCGACACUGGGCGAACAUAGGCUGGGUUCAAAAACGACCACAGAGGCUCUCAAGUCGCUAGAGACCAGCACUUCAUGGCGAACAAGCGUAGUGACACAAGGCUCAAUGGGCGCCAUAGUCGACCUGAGCAAUCUUUCCUUCCUCCCGGCGAGAUCAAACUCCCCCGUCUUCGCCGUCUCGGCAAUCACCUCGCUCGAACACGCCAUCAGCCUGAUUGACGAGGACAGCGAAUCCGCAUCCGGCCUGCUCGCGGGCUACUACUUUGGCACACCAUCAGCCGGGAAGUACCUCAGCCAGUUCGUAAGAGCAGAUGCUUCGUUCGUGAACCACGUGCCCUACCGCCUGCUUCUGGGCCCCGCGGGUCCCGCAUACCGCUCCAUCGACAUCGAUGCGCGGUACGCAAAAGCGCACUUCACCCGGCCGUCGCCCGCGUUCAUAACAGCGGCGCGCUCACACGCUGCGCUAGCGAAGGUACUCUGUGGAAAGGACGCGCGGAAAGCUGCAGCCGAGGCGCUGAGCAAGACUGCGCAGGAGAUCAACGAGAAGAAGCGAGUGGAGUGGAUCGCGAUCGGGUACUUUGAGCAGGGUAUCCUGAUUGGGCUGGGCUUGUUCGGCAUUCCUCUGUUGACAUGCAUUGGCACAGGGCUGUUCUUUGGUGCACGUGCUGGGUUGAGGCGGUUCUCCUUCAUGUGA